UUGGGGAACAGAGUAAAUAGAGGGAGAAACCUCAAGAUGGCUGACUCGGAGGGCUCCGCUCACCUUCCCGGAGCUGCGGCUGUUCCUCUUUCUCCUCCGCGUGCCUCGGUCAAAAACGGUCUCGCUAAAGUAACCGCUGACAGCCACCCGCAGUAUUCCGGUGCUUCUAGUCCACCGCCACCCAAGAAGCUCCGAGUCGAGGAGAGGAGCGUUAAACCGAAGAAAGUCAGCAAGUACGGAGCUGAUGGAAGCAACGGGAAAAAGAAACCGCAGCUACAGAGUUGUGGUAGCAGCGGUAGCGCGGGUUUAUGGAGCUUCAGCCCGGUGAAGGCGAGCAGCAGCGACCAGCCAGUGCCUGCUACCGGUGGAUCCCAGCCUCUCAAAGUCUUCAAACAGAGCGAUUUCUUCCUCCACAAGGCGCCUUCCUCGAAACCCAAGAGUAAAGAUAAACAGAAGGAAAGGGAGAGAGAGAAGGGGAAAGGAGGCGGGGAGGAGAAAAAGAAACAUAAACUGUUGUUGACCUCCAGUGUUGGGAAUAAUGUUAGUAGUAGCAGCAACGCCAUUAAAGGGUAUAUCAACAUUUCUGCAGCGAAGAGAGAAAAUGGAGAUGUCCUGUUACCAUCACAAGAGAACCCUUGUAAAGACAAGAAGAAGGAGCGCGAAAGGAAGAAGGUCAAAGAACGAGAGAAAGAGAAGAAAAAACACAAAGUGAUGAAUGAGAUCAAGAGGGAGAAUGGCGAAGUCAAGCAGCCGAUUAAAGACGAAAGAGAGAAAGUAAAUAUCAACUCGGAGGAACUGCAAAUCAAAAAAGUGAAGAAGAAAAAGAAGAAGAAACACAAAGAAGGGGAGAAGCACAAGCGAGUAAAGAUGUACCACCGCUCCUGCCAAACCGUCUGCGCUGGUCUUCUUCUCCUACCACCUUCUUCUACAGCAGCCAACUCUCUCUCAUCCGCGGAGCAAACUAAUAACUCUGCUUCAUCACCUUUCAAGUCUCCUCUGCCCGUUUAUCUUUCACCUGAUGACGAAAACUCCAAAUUCUGGCCUUCUUCACCUCCUUCCAAAUCAUCCUUUUGCUCAUCUCCUCUAAAGCCCCCAUUUUCUACCAAACACGCCUCAAAGAGCAUCCAUCCUGGAAAGGCGGGCCUGGAGUUCGCCCCCUAUAUUUAUAUAGAAAACCACCCUAAUGGAGGAGCUCUGGUAGCCCAUGCGUAUGCUUCUCAGCUCUCAUCUCUCUCUCUGGACCAGAGACAAAGAUUUGCCCAAGAGUUUGUCACUUUAUCGUUCAGUGAGGACUCAUCCAAGGCCGCUCAUUAUGUCAUGGGAAUAGUUCACGGAGAAGCCAAGAACCUCCCUGACUUCUUGGAUUACUUUUCAACCAAGUUCCCAUCAGCUCCAGUCAAAAUGGAAAUACUAGGAAAGAAGGACAUAGAAACAACCACUAUGGCUAAUUUCUACUCUCAAGUGAAGAGAACUUACAGCAAUGGCACGUAUAGAGCUGGAGCGAUGAGACAGAUUAGCCUGGUAGGAGCCGUGGACGAAGAGGUCGGGGAUUAUUUCCCAGAGUUCCUCAGCAUGCUGGAGGAGUCCCCCUUCCUAAAGCGGACUCUUCCAUGGGGAACGCUUUCCAGCCUCAGAGGCAUGAGUCCAACAAAGAGCGACGACGGUCCCAUAAUGUGGGUCAGACCAGGAGAACAGAUGAUACCUGUGGCAGAUAUACCAAAGUCUCCUUUUAAAAGAAAGCGCUCCACUAACGAGGUUAAGAAUCUGCUCCAAUCGAUGCCCAGAACCAGCGAGCCCAGAGAGGUGCUGUUUGAAGAUCGGACCAGAGCCCACGCUGAUCACAUCGGUCAGGGCUUUGAGCGUCAGACCACAGCAGCUGUAGGGGUGCUGAAGGCCGUCUGUGCUGUGGAAAGCUCGGAGCCUCCUCGUGUAACCAAAGAUGUGGUGUGUUUCCACGCUAGUGAUUUCCCUUACGUCGUCCAGAGGCUGCAGUUGGACUUGUACGAACCUCCGCUGUCUCAGUGCGUGCAGUGGGUGGAUGAUGCCAAACUAAACCAGCUCCGGCGGGAAGGCAUCCGCUAUGCCCGCAUCCGCCUUUGCCACGACGACAUCUACUUCAUCCCCCGCAAUGUGGUCCACCAGUUCAAGACAGUGUCUGCCGUCUGCAGCUUGGCGUGGCACGUCCGCCUGCAGCAGUAUCACCAAAAAGAGGAAGAGGAGGAGCAGCAGAGCGAGCUGAAAGAAGAGGAAAACGUGGCCGUGACCAAGGAGCAGGAUGGAGAGAAGAGAGAGAAUGAAGUGAAGGAGGAGGUGGAUGUGGCAGAUAAAAGGACGUUGCUCACUGAAGUAAAGGAAGAACAAGAUGAUCGUCCUCUGUCCGCUCAGCCCUCUCUCUCAGAUGUCAGCAAAGAUGAAGAGUUGGAAACCGGAAGGAAAGAGGAUGAAAAACCCAGAUGGGAUUCUUCUCCUUCAAAAGCGAAGGCAGAGGCUCCAGCUUCUCCUUGUAAGAAGGAAUCAGCAUCGCCUCUUCCUCCUCCUGCUUCUCCUUCUUCUCAUAAGGACAUGAAAUCCAAAGGCUCAGCUAAACCUCUGCCUCACCUUCACUCAGACAGCAGGACGGGGUCUUCCGGUACAAAUGUCCCCCCGUUGGCUCAGAAAUCCUCAUGUUCUCCACCGUACUCCAAGUCUUCCACCUGUGUGUCAUCCUCUCCUUCAGCAGGAACUGCCUUCACUUCUUCUCACACUUUGUCUUCUACCUCUCCUCCUUCCUCUGUUUUGCCCACCUCUUCUCCGUCUACUUCCUCUUCCUCCCUGACGAGUCCCAAGUCUGCGGCAGAAAGUCUUUUAAAAGCUCUUCCACCUUCCAACGGUUCGUCUUCCUGCCAGCUACCUGCCUCUUCCCAGUCGGACAAUAAGGAUUUGAUCGCCCGGACGCAGGCGCAGUCAGACGUAAGGAUGUCGCAGGGCCGACCUGCCGCAGACCGAUGGACUCACCCGGCAACGGAAACACGGACACAAACGCCCUCCGAGUCAGAGACGAGGACUCACAGCACCGACUCUGACUCCAGGACAUUCAGUGAUUUGCAUAAACAUCUGGCGCCAGACGCCUCACGGCCAGGGGUCUACAUGCAGCAAUACCCAUCCCCACACCUCCCUCAGAUGCUUCCUCCUCCUUUUUCCCCCCUCCUGCCCCACUCCCAUCUUCCUCACCAGCCUCCCAUCCUCCAACAAAACCCCAUCUCCAGCCAUCCCCAUGAGCAGCGCUCUCUGAACUCUUUCCUCAGUCAGGCGGGACCGCCACAUUCGGUUCACCUGAACCACCCUUACCCGCCCCCCCAGCCCAGCCUCUCCUCACAGUCUCACUCCUACUUCCAGCCUCCCCUCAUGUCCCCCUCCUCCUCUUCCUCUCAGCCCCUCACCAGCUCCCAGUCUGUCCCGCCUCAUUUCUCCUACCAUCACCAGUUUGCCAAAACCUUCUUCCCCCCCCAGCACUCCGGCUACCCCUCUCACCCCUUCCUCCCCCAUCAGUCCUUCCUCCCACAGCCGCCCGGUUCUUACCCACUACAGCCACAGUACCAAACCCCAGGACCGAUGCAGCCUCAGCUCCAUUUGUCGCAGUCUUUUACUCCCCCUCAACCCCCUCCUCCCCCAUCCUCCACACCGCCUCCGCCUCCUCCCCCUUUCCCACCUCCUCCCCCCUUUCCUCAGCACUCCCCUUCUAUCUUCCCUCCUCCCCCAAGGCAUGAUGAUGAGCAGAAACAGAUUUUAUAGUGGUAUUUGUACAUAGUGAUGCUAAAUUUAAAUAACUGUAAAUGUAAGAGGUUUUGUUUUGGUUGUGCUGUUGUAAAACUGUAAAAAAGAACAGAGGAGGAAGUAAAGUGUGUUAUUAAGGAGCCUGGGACUAAAAUACCGUGCCUUUCUGAAGCAUUUAUACCCUGAACUUCUCAUUUUGUCACACUACAAAUAAUCAGCUUGAAUAUAUUUUAUUGAGGUUUUACUGGACAGUCCAACAUGAAGUAGUGCAAAGGAAAAUGUGUUAAAGAUUUUAAAGAUAAAGAUAUAAAAAACUAAAAAAGUGCAGCUUUUAUUAUUUAGCCCCUUUUAAGCUCAACUUGUUAAUGUAUUAUAGCUGGGAGACUCUUGGAAGUAUAUCUGGGGGGAAAAAAAAAUAAAAUCAAUGAAGCUGCUACCUCCACUUUGUUUCAGAGUCGUGUGCAAAAUCUUUCCUCUCAUUUUGUUUCCUAAAAGGUUCCAUUUAUCUCUCAUAAGACCAAAACUCCUUGAUUCGGUUGAAUGCAUUUCACACUUUCCUUUGCACUAAAAACUUGCUUUAUUUGUGUUGGUUUGUUACAAGCUCUAGUCCAGUUAAAUACUUUGAGAUUUGUGUUUUUUAACUUAAGUAAAUAUAACAGCAAAAGCUCAGUGGGUAUGAAUUCUUAUUCAAGGCAUUGUAUGAUCCCAGACCCCACACUAAAGAGCCUCAGAUUUUCCUGAGACUCAAAUUUAAAACUCUUCUACGUUUCAUUUUACUUGCAGGAAGCGAAGGGUGCAUCUGUUUUAACCCCAACUGGUUCAGUUCAGGUCCCUGGUUGGCAGAACCCGCCAUCAGAUAGGAGGAGAAACACGUUUUAUUUCAAUAAGCCUUUUAGAUUUUUUUUUUAUAAGAAUUGCAGCUCAUGCUUCUACUUUGGGGGUUUAUUUAUUUCAGUUGUGCACUGAUUAAAAAGCAUUUUCUCUAUUUAUCAGUGCCAGUUGGUGGUGGCUGCACUUUUCUCACCGUUUUGUAUUUAGAGCAAUAAGGCUCUGCAAUAAUCCGCUGAAAUAAACAGAAUUCUCUAUCUGUGUUUUUACUGACAUUUUAAACAGACGGUGGAACACAUGAAGAAUGUCCAAAAGACUUUUCUAAACUUUUCAGGUGUUUCAUUGGCUAAAAGGAAAGACCAUGUGAAGUCUCGAGGUCGUUUUCUACCUGUUGUUCUAAUAUCACUUUUCGAUGUCUUUGGCUGUUUAGGUGAGUUUUAGUUGAGGAGUUAGCUCAACAUCAGCCAAGACUGUCUCAGGAAAACACCUCCAUCUCGCUUCAUUGGUUUUACUGUUACGUUGUUUUGUUUUUUUAUGCAGAAAAAGUGAAUUCUUAACCAAGUUAUGACUGAAAUGUUGCAGAUAAGCUCCUUUAAACGUUUAGCCAUCCAGAUACCGGACAAUUGUAAUUCAAAGAGCAAUAUGCAGGAGUUCAAAACUAGGCAUGGGUCGGUUAAAGUACAGCAAGGAAUUAAACGGUUUGGGUUACAAAGCUGUGCUGCCCCUCCCUCACCUGUUGCUGCACGCUGCCAGUUUGUCAGCUGAGGUUGCAGGAUGGAAAACAUUCCCAAUGAAGGGGGAAAAAUACAAUCUGUUAAAAUGAAGAAUGAAAUUAAAAAAUUGGCAAGUUUUAAUUUUCAUUUAUGCUUCUCUUUUGUUUUUUAUUAACUGUUUUAUCUGUAAUUAUAAACAUUGUAUUUUCACAGCAGUAGGAAAAUUUGCUGAUUUUUGCUUCAAAUAAAGAGGAAAGAUUGUGUUUAAGCCGUCAGGAUCUCAUGCUAACCCAUGCUUAGUCAUGAAAUACAUAUAUUUAUUUAUUUCUGCUCUCAAACUGACAUUUUUGAUGAAGUGUUGGAUCUCUGGAUGACUUCAGGCUCUUCAGAGACUAAUUUAAAGUGUUUGGUUUUUACAUUUUUACAACAGAUGGUCUACUGUUUAGAGGUUGUCUCCACAGCAUUAUUAAUAGGUUUACCGGUCUCGUUUUGCAGCAGUGUUCAGCAAAGCUUUUAUUUAUCAGCCAGGGACUGAAGCGACCUGUUUGUGGCCCACAUCUGUGGACCUUUUAAAGAUGACAGCACCAGUGUCUUUUUCCUGUUGGCCGUCUAUACUGGAGUACAGCCCACUCGCUAAUGUAGCCCAAGACAUUUCCCCAGUGCCUGUCCUUAACUGUGAACUCCUCAGUGCUCCACAGGCGCUCAGCGCAGGGAGUUUUGUCCUUUUAUGAGUCGCAGUUGAAGUUCUCUCUAAACUACGAGAGCACUGCCUUAAUUUGGUUUCCAAAUCCGCUGAAAAGCCUCCAAUUAUCUAUGUUUUAAAUAAGACUCAGAAGAAUGCUACGCUGUUUUCUUGAAUUGGAAGAAGAAAGCCUUAGCUUUUAUUCCUGCCUCAAACGACUCAGUUUUAAGGACUCUACUCGCUGUGGCUCUGGGGAGAUAAAGGUGAUAAUUAAGCACUUGAUGGCAGUCGUGUGGCGCUCUGCAGCUCUUUUUGUGCUUUGGGUUUAGACGUUACAGACAUGACAGGAUUUUUUUUUAUUUUAUGUGAAAUUGUAACAAACCCUUCGGUUGAAAACACAAGUCCUCAGGGGCCAGGACUGUUUUCACAGAGUUUAUUUAUAUCGAGUUUUGUUUAUUUUUUCAUGCUAGUUGUUAUUUCAACUGUCAGCAAUGAAGUGUACAUAAGAGUUUUUUUGUAAAGAGGUGGAAAAAA